AUGUCAAGUGGACGAGAUGAGGCGGUUACGGUUUUUUUGGGAGAUUUAUCUCGUGAUGCAACAAAAGAAGAUGUGGAAAAAACAUUUAGUUAUUAUGGAAAAUUGAGAAAUGUUUGGCUUUCACGAAGUCCAUGGGGAUAUGGUUUCAUUGAUUUUGAAGAUCAACGUGAUGCAGCUGAUGCAGUUAAGGCUCUUGAUGGAAAAAUGAUUUGUGGUUCACGUGUUCGUGUUGAAUUUUCACAUGGUCGCGGUCGAUCAAAUCGAGGAGGACGAAGUCGUCGAAGAUCGGGUAGUCGAUCACCUCGUGCCAGAAAGCCUUUCAGUCCACAUGAUGUUUGCUACGAAUGUGGAGGUAGGUUUUUUUUCAUUAUGUUGAUUCUUGUUUUUAGUUAUUUCGUACUUUUCAAAGAUAAAAAAAAAAUUCAAUUUUAUCGGAUAACAGUUUGAGAAAGGAAAAUUAAAAAUAAAUAUCAGAAUAUCUUCUAUACUUGAUUUAGAACAAUGGAAGCUCCGUAACAAAAAUAAUCUCAUGUGAGAAUAAUCCGACCUGAUAUCGGCCGUUUGAGCUUGUAUUGGGCGCACAAAGAUGUCUCGACAAGACAAGAAAACGUCCAAAGAAGUUUGUCUGAUGGACCUUUGGAAUCAAGUUAAGAUCAUUUUACUGAAUAUUGAAUCUACCUUUAAUUAUACACCGAAAAACAAAAUUUCGCCGUUAUAUAAGUUGAUUGAUCUAUAGGAAUAUCUUUAAAAUUUCAGCUGAAACGAUUGUUUUUUUUUUGUCGAGAUAUCGCAUUUCUAAAAAAAGAAACAUAAUCACUUGUCACAAACAUAAUACAAAAAUCGAGUUUACUUGAAAUUUAGGCAAAAUUUGACGUCAAAAUUCUGCAUUUUCAUUUUUCAAUAGAUAUGUCACAGACACUUGCAUUUUAGAUCAAAAUAAAAUUAGACAAAUUUCAUUUUUUUGUUUAAAAAGAAAUUAAUUUUCAGUAAGAGAACACAACACGUACUUGUCAUUUUUAUGAAAAUGCAACUGAACAUUUGUUUUUUGACUACAGAAUUUCGAGAAAAGAUACUUCGUUGUUUUUAUUGGAAUUUUCUAAGACAAACUAAACUUCAAUAAAAUUUAAACAUAGUUUAAUAUAAAUAUAUAUAACCUACGAUGCAAAAGUAAAUGCCGAAAUCUCCAGUCAUAGUUCUCCGCUUAGCAAUAUCUUGGAAAAUAUUUUUUGUUUUUAUUGAAAAGAACAAUGUCUGAACUGCAAAUUUUGUACGAGCCAUAUUUUUCUAGAACGAAUCUGAGACGGAGGAAAAGCCAAAAAUCAAACCCCUCUAAAAAAGUUCUUGCAAACUUGAUCCGUGAGCAACAUCAUAUUUUUAAUUUCUCUUUUUUUUUUUAAUGUCAGGAGAGAAUGAAAAAAAUACUUUUCAUGAUGUUUUAUGUAGUCUAAAGAACACUCUUUCCAAUCAUAUAUUGGAAGCCAAAUUUGCUUCUAGUUUUAAUAUAAACCCGUUGCUUUCUCUGAAAAAGACUGAAUAAUCAAAUUGUUUUUUUUACUGUUUGGCCGUUUUGUAGCGGUAAAAAAAUAUUUUUUGAAUUAUUUUUUCAGUUAAAUUUCUAUGAUCUGACAUAUUUUGAACAAAUAAUGCAAAAGAAAUCGACUUCAUAUAUCGUUUCUGGAGAUGGUGACUGAUAUUCUUUCACAAUGAUAAUUCUUGGAAAAAAAAUCGUUUUGAGAAAA